UAACUAUAUAUAUAAACUCAUCAUCCUCUUCCUCCAUCUUCGUUUUUUUCUCAUCUCCAAACACUCAAAGCUUGUAGCUUCUUGCUCCUCAAAUCUUCUUGAAAAUGAAGGUUGCCGCUGCUUUUCUCCUCGCUGUUUUGGGCGGAAACGCUAAUCCUUGUGCUGAGAAUAUCAAAGAUAUUAUCGGAGCUGUUGGUGCUGAUGUUGAUGGAGAAAGCAUUGAGCUUCUUUUGAAAGAAGUGAGUGGUAAGGAUAUUGCUGAGCUGAUUGCUUCUGGUAGGGAGAAGUUGGCGUCUGUGCCAUCUGGUGGUGGUGGCGCUGUUUCAGCUGCUCUGUCAAGUGGUGGUGGUGGUGCUCCUGCAGCUGUGGAGAAGAAAGAAGCUAAGAAGGAAGAGAAAGAAGAGUCCGAUGAUGACAUGGGAUUCAGUCUCUUCGAGUAAGAUUUUCGUCCCACGGAAAUUAGUCGGAGAUUUGAUUUUUUGUUCUCUUAGUGGAUCUGGUUUUUGCUCCUCUCUUGUAGUUCGGUGUUAUGAAAGAUUCUUGGAUUACGAAUUUUACUCAGUUAAUGAAGCAAGAAGAGUUUUUCUACUA